AUGCAUGCAGCACAUACAAAUUUAUUGUCAGUUUUAGAUGACCAACCUACAACGGCGACAAAAAACAUAGUCAGCAAUGCUAAUUCAAUAAUUUCUCUUUCUGAGCAAGAUACUUCUAAUAAUCCACUUCAAGUUCAAGAACUAUACACUCAGGAACCAGAUAGUAGAUAUUCCGUAGAACAGACAAUAGAUAUUCCAGAAACAAUUUCUUCUAACGAUCCAGCUCCUGAGCAAGCAGUGAGCAUUCAAAGAUCAGAUAACAUUUUUUUGGAAGAUAUUGAUAUAAACGACAUAUUAGAAAAUGACCAGCAAGAGCCUCAACUUCACAGUGUUCGGGACCGUUCCCAACCAAGAGAUUGGAAGAUAAAAGACAACCCAUGA